GUAAAAAAACAGUGUUUACUCUGACAUAAUGAAUUUGGAUCAACUUUUUUGAUGCAGGGUUUAAGUGGGAGAUCACUGAGGAAGCUUCCAUUUUUAGACAUGCAUCUCUUGCAGAUCCAAACAGUCAUGAUCCAAGUAAUUUCUUGUGUACAAUGAUAGAGACAUCUAAGAGAGAGAGAGAGAGAGAGGUCUGAACAGCCUGAAUGACCCUUUUUUGGUGAGGUCAUAAACGGAGAUGGUUUAUUCAUAAAACCGUUGUGUGAUAAUUUAUUGUUUCUGCUUUUUAAAUGUUUGAAUGCGCCUUCAAAAGUUGUUCCAACACUUCCCCUACAUGAGAUAAUGUUUGUAUAAAUGGAUGGUAAGUAACAAUGAACAAGUCAGUUCAUCUGGAAAUCUAUAGGCUAGAAAAAAAAAACAAGGCACUGAGAUGAGACAGAGAGAAGUUAGUAGACUCGGAAGGCUGACAUUAAGCCUUAGUAUCUGCUUCGUUCACCAAAAGUUUCCCAAAUGGAGAAGACAACAGAUGAGGAAGAGACGAGAGGCUAAAGAUGAAGACGAAGACGAAGAAGAAGUCAAGAAGAGAGUAGAGGUGAUGAAAGCAGCCGCACAGGCUUGGCUCAGCCGCUCCCAAAACUCUGAAAGCACCGUUCUGGAGUUCGAGGCGCGAAGAAAGCAUGCUUUUGUCAGAGGUAACCCUUCACGUUUCAAAAUGGAAGCAUUGUUGUCUACAACAAAGAGGCAUCGUCAUCACUCUUUUUUGGACUGGGAAUACGGACAGUCCUUGUGGGAUCCAUACGAGAUUCUUUCCGUCUUUAAGAAACUGGAACGCGCGCUCACGUUAGAAGAACAUACUUUCUCUGCGGACAAUGCCAUCAAGAAGAAGAAUAGGGACAGCAGAAAGAGCCUUAAGAGUUUGUUUACCACUUCGUCUUCGAGGAGAUUUUAAACAAAUUCAUAAGUGGUCUUCA